AUGACCGCUCGCGCCGCCGCCGCCGCCGCCGCCGCAGGUAGGAGACGCCGCAGCCUCCAGGCCGGGGACCCGGAGCCGGGUGCGCAGGGGGAGGGAGGGCGGGCCGAGGGGGCGGGGCCUGGCCGGCCACCUGACACCGCCCCCGCCCGGAAGCCCUCCCUGCACCGAGCUCCGGGACCUGGUGGAGGCGAGCCGGCGCAGAGAGGCCAAGGGAGCCCGUCCCCCGACACACCCCAGGGCCCGGGCGUGGGAGAGGGGGAUCGGACGGGAGCUACUCGGGGCUUGAGUAAGAUGUCAGGGGAGGAGGAGUUUUAUCUGUUCAAGAACAUCUCCUUGGUGGGGCCAUGGGAUGGGCCUCAGUACCACAUUGCCCCGGUCUGGGCCUUCCGCCUCCAGGCAGUCUUCAUGGGCUUUGUCUUCUUUGCAGGGACACCACUCAAUGCCACGGUGCUGGUGGCCACCCUCCGCUACAAAAAAUUGCGACAGCCACUCAACUAUAUUCUGGUCAAUGUGUCCCUGGGGGGCUUCAUCUACUGCAUCUCUGUGUCCAGCGUCUUCAUCGCCAGCUGUCACGGAUACUUCAUCUUUGGGCACCAUAUUUGUGCUUUGGAGGCCUUCCUGGGCACUACAGCAGGUCUGGUGACAGGCUGGUCACUGGCCUUCCUGGCCUUUGAGCGCUACCUGGUCAUCUGUAAGCCCUUCGGCAACUUCCGCUUCAGCUCCAAGCAUGCACUGAUGGUGGUCCUGGCUACCUGGACCAUUGGUAUUGGCGUCUCCAUCCCACCCUUCUUUGGCUGGAGCCGGUAUAUCCCUGAGGGCCUGCAGUGCUCCUGUGGCCCCGACUGGUACACCGUGGGCACCAAAUACCGCAGCGAGUACUACACCUGGUUCCUCUUUAUCUUCUGCUUCAUUGUGCCUCUCUCCCUCAUCUGCUUCUCCUACUCGCAGCUGCUGGGAGCCCUUCGAGCUGUUGCAGCCCAGCAACAGGAGUCUGCUUCAACCCAGAAGGCUGAGCGGGAGGUGAGCCGGAUGGUGGUGGUGAUGGUGGGGUCCUUUUGUUUCUGUUACACGCCCUAUGCUGCGAUGGCCAUGUACUUGAUCAACAACCGGAACCACGGGGUGGACCUACGGCUGGUCACCAUUCCUGCCUUCUUCUCCAAGAGUGCUUGUGUCUACAAUCCCAUCAUCUAUUGCUUCAUGAAUAAGCAGUUCCGAGCCUGCAUCAUGGAGAUGGUGUGUGGGAAGCCCAUGACAGAUGAUUCUGAAAUGUCCAGCUCCCAGAAAACAGAAGUCUCUUCUGUCUCUCCCAGUCAAGUUGGCCCCAACUAAGGAGCCAUACUGGCUUAUCUGCAGCAAUUAGGAUUUUACAUUUAGAGAAA